AUGUCGUUCCGCGAGCGCCGCGGAGCACCCCCUGCGCUUCAGAUGGACGACGAGUACACGGAAGACGAGGACGGCAAGUCUGGAGGGUGUCCAUACGAGACCAACGUGUUGGAAAUGUCGUGCGACAUCGGAGACACGACGUUUCGCAAAGGCCGCAACGGCGUACGCGGGCACCCGAAAGCAGCGCCUUCGUCGUCGGUGGAUGAUUCCACUUCAAAAUGCUUGGUCGAUGUGAACAACUUAGAAACAGUGGGUGUUCUUGGCCGCGGCUGCAGCGGGACCGUCGUGAAGGCGCUUGAUCGAUCCACCGACGUUGUGUAUGCGGUCAAGACGGUGCACAAUGUGUACGACAAGGCUCAGCGCCACCAGAUUCUUACAGAGAUCCAAACCUUGUACAGCGUGGACACCCCUUGGUUGGUUGGUUUUUACGGCGCAUACUUUAAAGACCAAGCGCUCAGUUUGAUCUUGCAGUAUUGCGAUCGAGGGUCUCUCGACGGGUUGGUUAUUCAGCAUGGAGCGAUCCCGGAACGCAUAUUGGCCCACAUGACGUUUCAGAUCCUCAGUGGAUUGCAACAUUUGAAAGAAGCGCGCCAUUUUCAUCGUGACAUCAAACCGCAAAACAUCCUCGUCACGAGCCAAGGCUGCGUCAAACUCACUGAUUUUGGCCUUGCCCGAGAAUUAAGCGGCACGUUCGACAUGGCGCAGACAUUUGUCGGCACGUUCAAGUACAUGUCACCCGAGCGCGUGCAAAACGAGCCCUACGAUUUUUCGUCGGAUAUUUGGGGCGUGGGCCUGGUGUUGUUGGAAUGCGCAUUGGCCGAGUAUCCAUAUGGAGAUUGCCGCAGCUACAUUGAUGUGGUACAAAGCAUUUUGGAAUCUCCGCCGCCGUCGCUACCCUCCGAUUCGUUUUCAGCCGAGUUUCAAGACUUUCUCAACGAUUGCCUUCGCAAAGACCCCGUUGAACGAGCGACGACCGACACGCUAUUGUACUCGUCUUGGCUCGAACUGCAUGACGCCACAGAUGGAGAGCGCUGCGCCAAACAAGUUUGCAAAUGGUUGGACUCGCUCACUUUAUAA